AUGGGAAGUAGGAAAGCUAUGAUAAAAUUUUUAGAAAAGAGAAUAAAAGAAGGUACAGCUGUCGAAGUAAUAGUAGCUGUAGAAGAAGAGGGGAUAGAAGAAGAUACAGCUGUCGAAAUAGUAGCAGCUGUAGAAGAAGGGGGGAUAGAAAAAGAAGGUACAGCUGUAGAAAGAGGGGUAAUUGAAGGUACAGCUGUCGAAGUAGUAGCUGUAGAAGAAGGGGGAAUAAAAGAAGGUACAGCUGUUGAAGUAGUAGCUGUAGAAGAAGGGGGAAUAAAAGAAGGUACAGCUGUAGAAAGGGAGGUAAUUGAAGGUACAGCUGUAGAAAGGGAGGUAAUUGAAGAAGGUACAGCUGUCGAAGGAGGGAUAGAAGGUACAGCUGUCGAAGGAGGGUAG